GAAAAUAUUUCAACAAGGCUCUUUCUCAGCAGCUUCUUCAUCAUCUUCUUCUUCUUUAUAAAGACACUCUCUUGAGUCCCUCGCUCUCCCUCUCUCCUCUCUCUCUCUCUCUCUCUCUGAAAUUUGAUGGCGGUACUCUCAGCAUGUUGGCUAAUGAUAGAAUCCUUAGUGAUUCAAGAUGGUUUCUUGAAAUUAUCUUACAUGAAAUUAUACAUGCACCCUCUUGUUCUCUUUCUUUGCCAACUUCUUAUAUGGCUCUAUCUCUUCUUUUUAUGGCUUCUCACACCCUUUCAGGCGUUUUACAACACCUUUUCAUCGGUCUUGGUCACUUUCUCUAAGCUAGUUAGUAGUUUUCUCCGAGUCAUUAUGGUUAGAAAGGAGGUUACAUGUAGUGUUGAGUCUAGGCAAGAGAUCAAGAAUACCCUUGAUAACUUGGAACUUUCUAGAAAUACUCAUAACCCGGUUCCUGCCUUUAGCUUUUCGUUUAAAUAUCAAGUGGAUAGUCAACUAAAAGUUCGGUUAUCUCUGCAAAAAGGCAAGAUUCUUGAAGAAGAAGAUGUUGAUGAUUGUUUCUAUGAAUUUGAUGAAGAAGAUGUUGGUGAGCUUCUUGAUGCUAAAGAGGGCGAGGAGGAAGAAGACAUUGACAUUGUUGAUGCUGUAAACAUGGAGAAGAAUCUUGGGUUCGAAAUUCAGACUAUGCCAAUACAUCAAGAAGAUGAAAAUUCAUUAGCCGAUGAUAACGAAGAAGAACAAGAGGAGAUUGUAAACUCAGACGUGGAGAAUGAUCUAUCUUCUCUAGUAUCUAGCGAUAGAGAGCAUCCCUCGCCUUUAUCUAUUGCAAGCUUGGAUUCAGUGCUCCAAGAUUCGGUUGUGAUAGAGAAUCAAACACUCAGAGUUGAAAAUGAUGAAACCGAUCAAGUAUACAAGAUAUACUGCGAAAGGAUGAGAUGGUAUGACAUCCUCAGCCGCGAUAGAAGCUAUGGACUAAGUGUGAUCACAAACCAACUAACGGCAAGUAGUUUGAGCUUAUGGGGAAAACCGGCAGAGAAGAGGAUAAAACAAAGCAUGAAGAAGGACCUUGAGCUAGUCUAUGUUGCUCAAUCGUGCUUGUCAUGGGAAGCUCUUCAGCAUCAGUACAUUACAGUGAGAGAUAGUUCGAACCUCGCUGAUUCGAGAGGCAGGUUCUAUGACGAUGAUAUCUCUAGAGAGUUCCAGAACUUUCAGGUUUUGUUAGAAAGGUUCUUGGAAGAUGAGAGAUGUGAAGGAAAACGAGUCUUGAGCUUUGUUCAAAGAAGAUUUGAGUUGAUAAGCUUCUUACAAGUCCCAAGACUUUCAGGAUAUAAUAGAGAGGGACCUUAUGAAGGAGAAAAAGAAAGACCGGACAAACAAGUGUUGAACGCAAUAGAGAAAUGCAUUGAAGUCUUCUAUGACUUUGUGAAAGUAGACAUUAAAAAACCUUUUUUUUGGGAAAGGCUUAAAAUCUCUUUGGUUAAUUCUCCUCUUAUGGAAUUGGAAGAUCCUAGAGACUUUAGGCUCUUUCUUGACCUAAAAGAAUCACUCCAAAAGAAGGAACAAUUGUUGAAGGAAAUGCAAGGGAACAAGAAGAAAAUUUGGUUCAAGAAGAAAUCUUUUAACAUAGAAGAAGAUACGAUUGAGAAAGAUGAGCAUUUUAUGUUAAUGAGAUUCAUAAUAAUAGAUUUAAAGCUUGUGUCUAGGGUUUUACACAUGUCUUUGGUCUCAUCUUCUCACCUCAAGUGGUGUCAACACAAGCUCAACAACAUUCACUUCAAUGGUGACAAGAUCUCUAGAACUUUCUCUCCUGUUUUAUUCCCAUCUUCUUGAUUUCUUUAAGUUAGGUUUUUCACCAUUUGUAAUUAUUGUUCUACUUUGUCAAGUCUAUUUAUCACUUUAGAAUUACUAUAGAGAGAGAG